AUGCACUGGACACCAGAACAUGCCCAGCCCCUGAACCAGUGGCCAGAGCAGCACCUCGAUGUCUCCUCCACCACCUCCUCACCAGCCCACAAAUCUGACCUCUACCACAGCAGCCGGCAGCGCUUCAACUACGCCUGGGCCAACGACGACAUCUCCGCGCUGACGGCCUCCAACCUCCUCAAGAGGUACGCGGAGAAGUACUCGGGGGUGCUGGACUCGCCCUACGAGAGGCCGGUGCUGAACAGCUAUGGGGAUGGCGCCUUUGGGCCGCUCAACGGGCAGAAAGGUGACGUGGAGCCUUGGCCGAUGUCGCAUAGCUCGGACGGUGCCUACCCCCUGAGUGCCAUGCACGAUGGACUGUCUGGCUCCAAGGGGGUCGUUCCUUCUGCCCCAGGAAACGGGCCUGUAGGGCUUGGCAGCUCCCCUGUUGUCCCGGGCAACCUCGCCGACCCCAUUUAUCCCACUAACGCAUGUGGGGGAGCCACCGGCUCCAGCGGCCUUGGCUCGUCUCAGGAGUAUACCUCAGGCUACAGUGGCACCUACCUGCCAUCGGGCUACUGCAGCCAGCCCGCUACAGCACUUCCCCCUCCCCACCCGUCAACCCUGCACAGCUCAGGACUCCUGCAGCCCACGCACCCUUCCUCUGCACUGGUCCCCAGCUACAGCUCCUCAGGUCCCAUGUACAACUACGCUUCAGGCAGCUACCCGCCUCAGCCCGGCUACGGGGGGAUCCACCCUCCGCACCCGUCAGCCUCUUACCUGCCCUCGGGCAUUGCUGCACCCACCCCCAUCCCCCCGCCGCCUCCCUCCUCCCGGCCCCCAGGCAUCCCUGGUUAUAGCUACCAGAGCUCCAGCCUGCCCCCCCUCCCGGUGCCCCCCCUCAGCAGCGACUCGGGGGGCUCCCUGAAACGAAAGGCCUUUGAUAUCCCCGGGGGGGAGGACGAAGCUGAGGGCAGGUACAGGAAAUACAGCUAUGAGCAACCAAAGUCCACCCCUGAGUCGCCAUACCAGAUGUCCGACAACGGCGAAUGUGGAGGCAACAGCUUCAGCCGAAGCACCGAGACGUCCCAGCUGCCCUUCAAGGCUGGGAAAAGGCCGACGGGAGCAGCGGCGACUGUGGCCUUGGAGGAGCAUGUAGGGAAGUACAACAGCCAGCCCAUGAAAGGCCUGGUCUCCCCUCCGUACGGCGCCGGGGAAGCCCCUCUGAGGCCCGGGGAGAGCUUUGAGAAGUUCACCCCGCCCCUCGCCAAUGGCGAGCGCGCAGGCGGUGAGCAGGGCCAUGCCUUCGCCCAUGGGAUGCAGACCAAGCCGCAGGUGUUCAGCAGCCAGCCUGUGGAAGAGCAGCUGAAAAACGUAGACCCCCUGAUCCUAGAGCUGGUGAACAACAAAAUCGUCGACUGCAGCCCCCCCGUCCAGUGGACGGACAUUGCCGGCCAGGUCUCGGUCAAAGCCGCCAUCGAGGAAGAGCUGGUGUGGCCUAUCCUGAGGCCCGGGGCCUACACUGGGGAGAGCCGGCCGCCCAGGACCAUCCUGCUGUUCGGGCCUCGUGGAGCAGGGAAAACCCUGCUGAGCAGGUGCAUCUCCACCCAGCUGGGCUCAACCUUCCUGAAUCUCAGCGGGACGGCCCUGCUUUCCAAGUGGAAGGGCGAGGCCGAGAAGAUCCUGCAGACGGUCUUCUUCGUGGCCAGCUGCCGUCAGCCGUCAGUGGUGCUCAUCUCCGAGGUGGAGUCCCUCCUCACGGCCUGCGCUGGUGAAGAAGCCACCCAGGCGAGCGGCCUCAAGUCUCAGCUGCUUUCCUACUUGGACAACAUAGCUACCUCAGCCGAGCAGAACGUCGUCGUCAUCGGGACGACCACCCGGCCCAGCAAUGUGGAUGAAGCCUCCCAGAGGAGGUUCGCCAAGCGGUUUUACAUUUCCCCCCCCGACAGCAUCGCCCGGCGGCAGAUCCUCCACCACACCUUGGCCCAGCAGAACUACUGCCUCAGUGAAAGGGAGAUGGCCUCCCUCGUGCAGCACACCGAGAGCUACUCGGGCAGCGAGCUCAUCCAGUUGUGCCAGCAGGCCGGCCCCACCAAACUCCACAGCCUGCCAGGCCAGCUGCAGCCCACCUCCUACAAAGACUUUGAGAACGCCUUCUGCAAAGUCCGCCCCACCGUCUCCCAGAAGGAGCUGGACUUGUACAUGGAGUGGGACAAAAUGUACGGGUCCAGGCACUGA